AUGUGGUAUGGGAAGCCAUGGGCUUCGCUCUUCAGCUUCUGCGGCCGACGGUGCGGUGUCUGCCUGUUCUUUCUCCUGGCCGUUUGGUGCAGCCUCUUCAUGCUCAGCGAUUCCCUUUUCAGCUUCCAUCGGGGCGGCAUCUGGCGGGCCUACUUCGUUGCAACGCCCGAGAUGUGGGAUUCCAUCCAUCGCCACGGGCAAAGCUCUCCGGGCGGCAUCUGGAAAUAUGACCAGGCCAAAAUGGAGGCCAACCACGCUGUCAGAUACCUCUUUCGGAAGACCUACAGCACGCUGCUGGACGUCUCCUGCAACGUUGGCUUCACCUUGGCCAACCUACUUCGACGUCAUCCGACAGCCAAGCACUUUGGGACCGACAUUAGCAGAGUCAUGGUGGAGGAGACACGGAGAAACUGCCCCAACUGUCUGGCUGCACAGUUCGACCUGGGCCGCCUCCAAGACGUCGAGAGCGCUCCGAUGCUGCGCGAGGCUUGGCCCAAGGAGGAGGUUCCGGAAGCUUUCGACGUGAUUCUCGUGUCCGACGUUCUGAUCUACAUCAGCUGGGGCGGGAUGCCGCCCUUCUUCCUGCGGUGUCACUGCUGCUGCUCUUUGUUCCGCAGCUGGGCCUUGUCCUACCAGAAGACCUUCCUCGAAAACAUCGCCAGCCUGGCCAGUGACGAGGUCGUGUUCUCACAACACCAGAACAACAUCGUAGUAACUACAAUGAUGAGAGAGCUGAAUGUCCACUUCGAUGAGGAACGGGGUGUCUGGAGGCUUCCGGGCAAGGCGAAAAGAAAUGCCACCGCUUGA